AUAUACACCUAUAUCAACGAUAUUAUUAUCGUUAAUAAGAAUAUAGAGGAGCACCUUAAGUACAUUAAGACGGUUCUCGAUAUCUUCGACAAGGUAUAUAUUUAUAUUUCGAUAGAAAAAUCCUUUAUAGCCUACCUAUUAGUAAAACUUCUUAGCUAUAUAGUUAAUAGCAAAGGAGUAGCUAAGACGGACGAUAGGAUUACUAUAUUUAAGAAACUUAAGUUUCCUAAUAUCUUUAAGACCUUAGAGUAG